GGGGAACAUUAUAAUUGGACGGGUCUGGGAUCCCUGAGUCCUACUCAGCCCAAGCGGAGGCGGAUGAGGAGGUUUCCCCAGGAGCCGGCUGGAAGAUGAAAGUUCUGUGGGCGGCGCUGGUGGUCGCGCUCCUGGCAGGAUGCUGGGCCGAUGUGGAGCCGGAGCUGAAGCUGGAGCCCGAGGCCGGGUGGCAGACUGGCCAGCCCUGGGAGCUGGCGCUGGCCCGCUUCUGGGAUUACCUGCGCUGGGUGCAGACGAUGUCUGAGCAGGUGCAGGAGGAGAUGCUCAGCAACCGGGUCAUCCAGGAACUGACGGCGCUGAUGGAGGACACCCUGAAGGAGGUGAAGACGUACACGGAGGAGGUGGAGGAGCAGCUGGGCCCCAUGACCUCGGAGAUGCAGGCCCGCGUGAUGAAGGAGCUGCAGGCGGCCCAGGCGCGGCUGCGCUCGGACAUGGAGGACGUGCGCAGCCGCCUGACGCAGUACCGCGGCGAGCUGCAGGGCAUGCUGGGCCAGAGCGGCGACGAGCUGCGCGCGCGCCUCACCUCGCACCUGCGCAAGCUGCGCAAGCGCCUGCUGCGGGACGCCGAGGACCUGCAGAAGCGCCUGGCCGUGUACCGCGCCGGCGUGCAUGAGGGCACCGAGCGCACCAUGGACACCAUCACCGAGCACCUCUGGCCUCUGUUGAUGAAUGUGCGCACGCGCCAGGCCAUCGCCAGCUCCCCAGGCAUGCAGCCGCUGCACGAGCGCGCCGAGGCCCUGGGCCAGCACCUGCGCGGCCAGCUGGAAGAGGUGGGCAGCCGCGCCCGCAGCCAGCUGGACGAGGCGCUCGAGCAGGUGGAGGUGAUGCGGGCCAAGCUGGAGGAGCAGGCUGAGCACAUGCGCCAGCAGGCCGAGGCCUUCCAGGCCCGCCUCAGGAGCUGGUUCGAGCCCCUGGUGGAAGACAUGCAGCGCCAGUGGGCCGAGCUGGUGGAGAAGGUGCAGGCGGCCGUGGGCGCUGGACCCACCACCGCGCCCGUGGAGACACAAUGAGGGCCUGGCGCGUGCUGCCUGCCCCCCCCCACACCCGUCCACGCCCCCCCCCCCACCUCCCCACAGCCUACAGGAGGCCCUGGCCCUGCCCCAGCUGUCCUCUGGAGGGCCCUAGCUUAAUAAAGUCACCAAGCUCCACAGCA